CUCAGGCACAAAGAAGCAAGCGCUGCGCUGCUUUCAAGGUAUGCCGCUUCUGAAAACAAAUCGACCGUUUCCUCUAUAUAGCCUAAAAAAAACCUUUUUUAGUUUAAAUAGUGACGAGCUGCCAACCCUCUGUUCUGUGUAGGAAAAACUACAUUAGAGGUAGAAGGCCUUAAGAAGACAUGUCAGCUCUCUGGCCAAAGCCUAUAAGAUAUUCCCCUGAAGCCGAAAUACACUCCAGCUCAGCCAUGAGAAAGAAAGCGACCGUGAGCAGCAUGCACCGGCUGAUAAGAGACGAUUCGGAGACGGUGCAGUGGGACAGCAGGGCUGCAGCCGCAGCAAGUGAUGCUGAGCACGACGAUACAUCUAGCAGUGUAGUUUCAACAGAAUCCACAGCAGAGGUCCUUUCACCUACUGCCAUUUUGACCAUAACUAAACUCAAAUGCCAACUAGAAAGCAAACAGGAAAGGAUCACCUAUCUUGAAAAACAGGUUGAAGAUCUCCAGCAAGAUCGCAGCUUUCUUCGUUCACAAAUUGAAAAUUUAACCAGAGGUCCAAAGACGACUGAAGAUACUAAGCCAAGGAAAAGGUCCAGAACAACAUCCAGUAGCUCAGCAUUCAGCAUGGACAGCGGCUCUGACAUGUCAUUGACAACAGUGUCUUCAGCAACUUCCAGUGAGGUCAAAAAAAGAAAGCAUCACAAAGACAAAAGGAGGGGCAAGAGAUCUAAAGAUUACAGCAGAAAAAGAGCAACUGGUGUGCAGUAUGUCAUUCAUCGGUACAAGCAGGUGCUGUCUACCUUCAACAAGAAGAAAAGCAUGAGCGGAGCGUUCCGUCAUUACGGCAUUGACCGGAACACCAUUGCUAACACCGCACCCAUAGCGGAGCUACACCUCGCAGCCAAAGACAUGCUGUCGGUAGUGGGACUCUUCAAUUCACGCGAAGAGACGCUGGUUAAAUACGCACAAAAAUGUGCCACUCUCAUGGAAAAUGAUGAGAGCCUGUCCCGGAAAAUCGAGUUAAUGAAAGCUACUGGUGAGCUGUUGCCAAUAACAGCCAAAAAAUCCAAAAUACAUGAUGUAAAAGCUGAAAAGCAUUAGACAGGGCACAGUAGAUCCCUGAAAAUGAGGUGGAGUCACCCGGUCCUCGAUGAAAAAUAUCAAAACUAAUGAUAAUUGCAGACCAGUUUAAAAAAAAUAAUUUUCACUUAAAUGGUUUGGAGUUAAGAAAUCAUUAUUUGUGGUGCACUUGGGAAUGCCUUAUUUUGGUAGAUAAGACUUUUAAAAUUCAUUAAGGUUAAAAAAAAAAAAAAAAAAAAAUUAAAAACAUGAUUCUUGAAUUUAAACUAUUUCUAAAACUGUAUACAUAGUUUUUUUUUUUUUUAUUAAACAUUAUCCGCUUAUUUUUAAACAUUUUGACAUAAACAGACCUAGAACAGAAAAACUGAGUUACCAUAAUUUUUAGCGGCAGUAACGGCAAUGUCCCCCACUGUUUAAUUAACUGCCUAUUCACAGUAAAUACUGCCUGUGCCCUCUCUAAAAAUACAGUAAGAUAAAAUAUAUAUAUUUAUACACUCUACUGAUUGAAAGUAUUUAUUUAAAGUAUUUAUUGUGUAAACCCCCCAAUUUAAAAAUGUAAUUCUAUGUUUGCAUCAUAAGAUUCUUCAUUUUAUAUGUUGUAUUUCGCAUUUGCGAAAAGCACAGAUAUCACGCUCUCUCUAGAUGUAGAUAUAGAUAGAUGGAGAGCAUGUCAGUGCUUAGAAAUUGAGGCCUGUGAUUUGGUUAAAACCUUAUCAUAGAAAGAAAAAUAGAAUUAACUAUUGCCCUCACAUCCUUACACCACUGGGCAGUAGUCUCCGUCUGUCAUGUGAUUGAUUCACAUCACUGUCAGCCCUGCCCCUUUUCAUAGGAACGCCCUCCACCUCCAAUCCUAAACAUGAAGAUACAAUGGCUGAAUGAAAAAACUGUUGAACGGCAAAUCUGUGACCUAAUAGAAAACUUGCGGUAUGUACAAAAACUUUUUCUGUUUGUUAUUUACUUAUGCCGUAUCAGCUAUAUUUAAACAACAUACUGUAAAGCCAUAAAUAUUUGCGACCAAAACAGGGAUGGAAAUACAACUCCCGAUGCAUAGCGGUUUGACCCCUUCCUGGUUUUACUAGGAUUUUAAUAAGAUACACCUGAGCUUGCUACCUAUAUAGUGUGGCUAAUGUAGAUUGUAGUAAAAUCUGGAAUGGGUGAAACUGCUAUGCAAUAGAGGUCUUCUUUCCACCCUGCCAAAAUAUUUGGCAAAUCACAAAAUGUUGCCGACCUGCUGCACUGGUAGUAGUGUAUUACUUCAUUGUAUGUACAACACUAAGAUGUUCAUGCCAAAAAUGUUCACUUUUUUUUUUUUUUUUAUAAUAAGCAAAAAACGCAUAAUGAAAGGCUCGCAAAUAUUUAUGGCUUUAUAGUAUUUAGUCAUAUUUACUGUCCAAUCUUGCCUCUCAUUAUUUUGACUGACUAAUAGUGGAAAUUUAAAUGACACUCGUUAAAUGACUGUUGUUUCCAACGGCUUCGGCUAUUUUAGCCCCCUGUCAGUAACAAUAGUCUUCCCUCAAGUCAGUAAUUUCCCACUAUAGCCAUGCUCUCCAGUCCAUAGCUACUACUAUAUAUAUACUGAUGCACAAUGAAAAUGCAACAUUCACAUCUAAUAGAUUUAAUCAAAAAUUGUAACAUAGAUAUCAAACUAAAUCACAGAAAAUGUGAACAAAAAUACACACUGUCAAAAUGAAAAUAUUACAAAGUUAGUGCUGGGUAUGACCUCCCUGAGCAUUAACUCAGCCUCUGGAGAGACUGCUGUGGAAUGUUCCACCACUCUUCCUGUGCAGCUGCAGACAGCUGGUGAAGGUUGGCUGGUCGCGGUUGCCUCCUGUGGAUGGCACUGGCGAUUUUGGUCUCACAGAUGUUUUAUGGGACUCGGGUCAGGAGAAAAAUCUGUCCACGGCAAGACCUGGACAUGGUUUUCUUGAAGUCGUGCAAUUGUAAUCCUAGCACUGUGUGGCCUUGCAUUGUCCAGCUGGAAAACUUCCGGACUGCCUUGCAGGAACGGAAAAACUGUUGCCUCAAGGACUUCUUCAAUGUAUCACAGUAAGGUCGCCUUCAGUCUGCACCAAAGGUGUUCUUGUGUUAAAAGGAGAUUCCUCCCCACAUCAUCACACUUCCACUGCCCCACUGGUUGACUAGAACAACGUAACAGUCAGCAUAACACUCACCACAACGCAGUGGGCCGGUGUGGUAAUCCCCUGCCUUCCAGGAUGUGACCUGUCCUUCACAGAGCUGGUUUCUCUGGACUAGUCUGCUGAGUGUUGAUGCAGAACAUUUAAUUCUCCAGGCAACAUCUCUCAGACAGGCCAUCUUCAAUUGUGCCAAUAGCAACCAGGCGAUCUUCAUUACUCAAGCGGGGCAUGGUAUUUUGCUGUUUUUAAGUUAAUUAAAAUCAUGUC